GGCCCGGGCCUGCUCCGCCCCCGGCCGCUGCCCCGCCAGGAAGAGCGGCCCCCGCCGGCCCGCAGAGCAGAGCUGGGCUGUCCCCGGGCGCAGGCACCAUGUGCGGCAUCUUUGCUUACCUAAACUACCAUGUUCCCCGGACAAGACGGGAGAUCCUGGAGACCCUUAUCAAAGGGCUUCAGAGAUUGGAGUACAGAGGAUAUGAUUCUGCAGGUGUGGGAAUCGAUGGAGGAAAUGACAAAGACUGGGAGGCUAAUGCCGGCAAAAUCCAACUAAUCAAAAAGAAGGGGAAAGUGAAGGCUCUGGAUGAAGAGAUUAACAAACAACAGGAUAUGGACCUGGACAUCGAGUUUGAUGUACAUCUUGGCAUCGCACAUACCCGAUGGGCUACCCAUGGUGAGCCCAAUCCUGUCAAUAGCCACCCGCAGCGCUCAGAUAAAAACAAUGAAUUUAUUGUUAUCCACAAUGGCAUUAUAACCAACUACAAAGAUCUGAGAAAAUUUUUGGAAAGCAAAGGGUAUGAUUUUGAGUCUGAGACCGACACAGAAACCAUUGCCAAGCUUGUCAAGUACAUGUACGACAACCGCGAAAGUGACGACAUUAGCUUCACCACCUUGGUGGAGAGGGUUAUCCAGCAACUGGAAGGUGCUUUUGCCCUUGUGUUUAAAAGUGUCCAUUACCAUGGUCAAGCAGUUGGCACCAGACGAGGAAGCCCCCUGCUGAUUGGAGUUCGAAGUGAACACAAGCUCUCCACUGACCACAUUCCAAUACUGUACAGAACAGGUAAAGACAAGAAAGGAAGCUGCAGCCUCUCCCGUAUCGACAGCACCACCUGUCUUUUCCCUGUUGAAGAGAAAGCUGUGGAGUACUACUUUGCUUCUGACGCGAGUGCUGUCAUUGAGCACACCAACAGAGUGAUUUUCCUUGAAGAUGAUGACGUAGCAGCUGUGGUGGACGGUCGUCUUUCUAUCCACCGGAUCAAACGCACAGCGGGUGACCACCCUGGGCGUGCAGUCCAGACCCUGCAGAUGGAACUUCAGCAGAUCAUGAAGGGUAACUUCAGUUCAUUUAUGCAGAAGGAAAUUUUUGAGCAACCAGAAUCUGUUGUUAACACAAUGAGAGGAAGAGUCAACUUUGAUGACUACACUGUGAAUCUGGGCGGGCUGAAGGAUCACAUCAAGGAGAUUCAGCGGUGUCGGCGUUUAAUCCUGAUUGCUUGUGGGACAAGCUACCACGCCGGAGUUGCGACUCGUCAAGUGCUAGAAGAAUUGACUGAAUUGCCUGUUAUGGUUGAACUAGCCAGUGACUUUUUGGACAGAAACACUCCAGUCUUCAGAGAUGACGUCUGCUUUUUUAUCAGCCAGUCAGGCGAGACAGCAGAUACUUUGAUGGGUCUUCGAUACUGUAAGGAAAGGGGAGCCCUCACUGUAGGAAUAACUAAUACCGUGGGCAGUUCCAUAUCCAGGGAGACCGACUGCGGUGUCCAUAUCAAUGCAGGACCAGAGAUUGGUGUGGCCAGCACAAAGGCCUACACUAGCCAGUUUGUUUCUCUGGUGAUGUUUGCCCUCAUGAUGUGUGAUGAUAGGAUUUCUAUGCAAGAAAGACGCAAAGAAAUCAUGCAUGGUCUCAAGGUCCUACCAGACUUGAUUAAAGAAGUGCUGAGCAUGGAUGAUGAGAUCCAGAAACUGGCAACAGAGCUUUACCAUCAGAAGUCGGUCUUGAUUAUGGGACGUGGCUAUCACUACGCUACAUGUCUUGAGGGAGCUUUGAAAAUAAAAGAAAUCACAUACAUGCACUCGGAAGGCAUAAUGGCUGGUGAGCUGAAGCAUGGUCCCCUCGCCCUGGUAGACAAGUUGAUGCCUGUUAUCAUGAUCAUCACAAGGGACCAUACGUAUGCUAAGUGCCAGAAUGCUCUCCAGCAGGUUAUGGCGCGGCAGGGGCGACCGGUAGUGAUUUGUGAUAAGGAAGACACAGAGACAAUUAAUAAUAAUAAGAGGACAAUCAAAGUUCCUCAUUCCGUGGACUGUCUGCAAGGAAUCUUGAGUGUCAUCCCUUUACAGCUUCUGGCUUUCCAUCUUGCAGUGCUCAGAGGAUAUGAUGUUGAUUUUCCAAGAAAUCUGGCCAAAUCUGUAACUGUAGAGUAAAAGCGCAUCUGAAUCUUAGGGGUAUGGGGAGA